AUGGAAAAUCAAACAAAUGUUUUAUUAGAAAAUGAUAAACAAAUAAAUCUAAAUGAUUCAUAUGAUUAUUCAAAUGAAUAUUCAUUAUCAAAAUCUCCAUCACGAUUAUCUGAUAAUGAAACUUGUCGAACAAUUGUUUCAAUGUUAAUUAAUCAACGAAAAACGAAUUUAGAUCUUGAACAACAACUUAAACAUUUACAAUCAUCAAUUAAACCUAUUUCUCUUUAUGAACAUCAAACACAUUCAUUUGGCUAUUCAAGUGGUUCAUCAAUUGAUGGAAGUAGUACUAUUCUAUCAGCUUUUAGUUCACGUUCAAAUAGUUCAUUAUCUGAAAGAAGUAAAACAUCACCAACAUCAUUUAAAUCACUUUUAACAAUUAAAUCUCAAAUAACAACAGAUGAAGAUUUUUCUUAUAAAUCUUCAAUUUUAUAUCAACAACAACAACAACAAACAGAUUCAGAUGAACCAUCAACUAAACGACGAAAAUUUAUUAAUAUAGAGGAAAAUCAAGGUCCAAGAACUCGAUCUCGAAGUAUAAGUGAACGUGGAGUAAUAAAUGAAUCAUGUUCAAUAUUAAGACGUAAACGAAAAUCAUCAAUUGUUUGUGAACAAAAUCAAAGUGAAAUAAAACAACAACCAACAAUUGAUUAUAUAAAACAAUUAGAUGAAAUGAAAAAUCAAUAUAUUAAAUCAAGUACAAAUCGACAUUCAACAAAUGAAUCAAUAAAUAAAAGUCAAUUAGCAUCAAAAUUAAAAG